UUGAUAAAAAGGCAUAAAUGAGAAAAACAGUAUAGGGAAGGCAAAGCUAAACAGCUGCAAAAUUUAAAACAUAAACUUCAAAACUAAACCAUAUUUCCUCUUACGAAAUAAAAAACGUGGAAAAAAAACAAACAAGCAAAGAAAAGUAUUCUUCAACUUGGCUGGCUUCAUGUGUAGUGUAUUUAUAUUCCCUUAAACCCUUUCUUAAAACCCAAAAGCUUAACAAUCUCUCCCUCCUCUCUUUCUUUCUCAACAUGACAUCAAGAACAGUCGCGAGACUUCCUAAUCUCAUUAAUGUUUUUCUCCUGCUUUCUCUCGUUCUCUCAGGAAAUAUACUACAGAAAGCAACGUCUCUUGGUAUCAAUUACGGACAAGUUGGGAACAAUUUGCCUUCACCGGAUAAAGUUAUUAAUCUCUUGAGAUCUCUAAGGAUCACCAAAACAAGAAUUUACGACACUAAUCCUCAAAUUCUUACUUCCUUCGCAAAUUCAAACAUAGAGAUCAUCGUCACCAUCGAAAAUCAAGUUUUAACGUUGUUACAAGAUCCUCAACAAGCUCUCCAAUGGGUGGAUUCUCACAUCAAACCCUAUAUUCCGGCCACAAGGAUCACCGGAAUCAUGGUCGGAAACGAGCUUUUCACCGACGAAGACUCUAGUUUAAUCGGAUACAUGAUGCCGGCGAUAAUUAACAUCCACAAAGCCUUGGUCCAAUUAGGUUUAGAUAGAUACAUUGAAGUCUCGUCUCCAAGCUCUCUUGCCGUCCUAGCCGAAUCUUAUCCUCCAUCAGCCGGAAGUUUCAAACCAGAGGUCUCCUCGGUGAUGCAACAACUUCUACAAUUCUUGGAAGCCACGAGAUCUCCUUUUUGGAUAAAUGCUUACCCUUACUUUGCCUAUAAAGACAACCCAAACAAAAUCCCCAUCGACUAUGUCCUAUUCAACCGAAACAUCGGUAUGACCGAUCCCAACACAAGACUACAUUACGACAACAUGAUGUAUGCUCAAGUCGAUGCGGUUGCUUUCGCUGCUGCGAAACUAGGGUACCGUAACAUAGAAGUUAGGGUUGCGGAAACAGGGUGGCCUUCAAAAGGAGAUGCUGGAGAGGUUGGAGCGUCUCCUACGAAUGCUGCCACUUAUAAUAGGAAUCUUAUGAUGAGACAAUUCGCCGGCGAAGGUACUCCGGCGAGACGGAAUUCAAGGUUAGAUGUUUAUAUAUUCGCCUUGUUCAAUGAGGAUAUGAAACCGGGUCCUACUUCUGAGAAAAAUUAUGGAAUAUUUCGACCCGAUGGAUCAUUGGCUUACAAUUUGGGAUUUUCUACGAUGUCGACUACCACUGCGAAUUCAGAAUCUGUCACAUAUUCAUCUUAUGCCACUAAGGCAAAGAUGACCUUGGAGUAUUGGACAAUUUUGAUGUUGGCGAUGAUUCAAGUUGUAGUGUCGAGACUAUCUUAGAGGGAAAGUUGUCGAGACUAUAUAAUGACGUGAUUGGUUAGGAUAUUUUUCUAAACAAUUUAAUUAUUGAAGUUCGAUAAAUACAAAUUUCAUAUUCAUUUCGAUAUUCCAAUCAACUCGGUGGAAAAUUAAAUUAUAUGUUUAUCGUCGUCCUUAUCAUGUACAUUAGACUUAUGGAUAUCUCAUACGAUAAAUUAAUAUGUAAAUAAAUAAAAGCAGUUUAUUGUUCAAGAAAAAACUUAUAUUGGGGGCAAAAGCUUUGUGUUACUUUGACCCUUAGCCACAGAAUAGACAAACACUAGCGGUUUAGAAUCAA